GAAUUCAGCCAUCAUUCAUUUCAUCUCUGCUGAGGUCCCUGAGAACCGUGUGAGUGUGAGUGUGCGUGUUUGCAGUGAUUGGAGCCAGUGUGGAAUAGUUGACUGGUAGAUUGAACAGCAGUCACCAUAUCAGCCAUGGAUCCUUCCUCCCCGGAUGGUGCGGACACUGAAGCCUCCACACAGCUCAACCCUGUCCAGGACGGUGAGUCACCUCGCUGUCAGGGCGGUCUGGCUCCAUCUUGCGGGCUCCUCUACUUUAAGCCCAUUAUGGCCAUCAGUGUGGGCACACUGCUGUUUGGAUCAGGCACAGCCCUGUCCCUGCUCUACUUCACCCAGAUGGGCAAUGUCCCCUACCUGCUGGGCCCGCUGUUCCUCUCUGUGGGUCUGAUGUUCCUAGUUACCGGCCUGGUCUGGAUCCCCGUGCUCAAACAGAGCCUGGGGUAGGGACUCCAAGUAGAGCACAAACACCUCUGAUGGGGAACUAACAGGACCCUUGAACGAUCUGCUUUGAGAACACAAAUCAGUACGUACAUGAGUGUGAGGUCACACUUUGGGACAGUACUGUUUGCAUUAUGGGAGUGUAGGAUCCAGAGCUCGACCCUCACCAGGUACUAAAAGUCAGGAUAUCUCAGAAUUCUGCCUCAAUUUUGAGCAUUCUUAAUUUUAAUCUGCCAAGCCCUUUUCUUUUUAUUGGGCUAAUCAAUCCAUGCAAUGUUCAGUCCAAGCCAUAGCCAGGAUUUUAGAAAUACUGAGGUCAUCAAGUCUCCCUCCACAAGUAUAACAAUCUGACCUGUCUCAAAAAUGUUUUUUAAUUCAUUGGAUUUUUCAAUAAAUGAUAUCGCCUGAACAUUUUAU